UAAAAAUAGGGUGAACUCCCUGAGAAAGGGUUUCACUGAGAAUCCAUUUGGUUCUCAGCAAGUGAAGAAAAUGGAGCACUGGAACUCCACCCUGGGAAGUGGCUUCAUAUUGAUGGGGAUUCUGAAGGACAGUGGGUCUCCUGGGCUGCUCUGCGCCACAAUCACAGUUCUGUACAUGUUGGCUCUGACCAGCAAUGGCCUGCUGCUCCUGGUCAUCACAAUGGAUGUCCAGCUCCACGUGCCCAUGUACCUCCUGCUUGGGCAACUCUCACUCAUGGACCUCCUCUUCACGUCUGUUGUCACCCCCAAGGCCCUCAUGGAUUUUCUUCCCAGUGAAAACACCAUUUCCUUUGGGGGUUGUGCCCUUCAGAUGUUUCUAGCACUGACUCUGGGUGCUGCAGAGGACCUCCUACUGGCCUUCAUGGCCUAUGACAGGUGUGAGAGCACGAAAGCCAUCUUCUUGCUCCAUAGAAACUGCUCAAGGACUGGACUUGCUCUCUUUCUGUGUCUACUGCAUCACUCGAGAAGACCUGCAAGGGAAGAGAAGGCACAGAAGGGCCCUGAGACCUAUUUUGGUCAGACUCCUCAGACUCCUAACCCAACUUAG